UACACAUCGCAUCGUCAAGCACAGCAGACCAUCCGUCCACUCGCAUCGCCUAUUCGCCGGACGGCGGACGCCGCCUCUCCUCCGCUCCACUGCUCUCCCUGCGCAGCUUCGUUCCUUUGACUGCUGACCUGCUUCUCCAGACGACCAGACUGCAUUCUCUCGAGCACAAAGAUCAUACCAAGCGAAUUCCAUGGCCAACUCUUGACCUGCUGUGCUAUGGAAGUCUCACUCAAUCAGAUUAUUGAAAGUCUACAGCCGCGGUUGAAUAAUAUAAAGAAAGAUGAGUUUGAGAUUAACAAAGAAGCACUCGAAGCUGUCAACGUGCCUGCAAACCAUGUUCAGUUAUUUGGACUUUUAACAAGUGUUGUAAGCUUAAUAUCUGACAAAGGCUCUACUUCAGUUUUAGUUGUGAUGGGUAUGUUGACUGUUGCUUUCUUCAUUGGCAUGAUAUUGCCCUUUUUUAUGGCGUAUCGACUAAUCACCAAACUGGAAAGUUUAGCCAAAAAUUUAAAUAGGCGUUAUGGUGUCCUGCAUGAAGAAAUAAGAAAGGUUCUUGCUGCACAUGACAGUACAUUACAACACAAACAAAGCACAGAAGUUGAUAUUGAAAAAGGGGUUCCUGGGGAGCCUGGAACAUCAGGUGAAAUAACAUCAGAACAAACGGAACGAACAGAAGAAACUGCAGGAAAUUCUGAAGAAGCUAGCAAAUAUGAAGCUAUGCUGUUGUUACUAGAAUUGGAAAAUGAAACAGAAAAUGGAAAAACUGAAGCUGCCAAUUUCAAGAGAUAUUAUAUUAAGAUGUUGUCGAUGCAGGGUUUAACGGCUGUGAUCUAUGUCUUUUCAAUACCCUUAGUUGGGUAUUUGAUUUGGAAAGGCCUUUGGGAGGGCAGCACUUUACUCCGGCUAUGGCACGGAUAUGCGGCCACGUAGCGCUUCUUGAUUCGUUGGUAUGGCUGCAGGCAGUUAGUGUUGGUGCUGGUUCUAGCAUGCAGAUUUGGAGACCUUUUGAAAUUUUUUGUUUCUCCCUGAACUGUGAUAUGCAAGUAGCUCUUGGAAAUCAGUGUGUCAAAAAUCUGUUAAUGUAAACUUUGUGAUUAGAAGGUGCAGGCAGUAUGUUUUUAAGCUCUGUUUUAGUAUUUUGGUUAAUUUUAUUUCAGUUGGUUUACCAGGUGCAGGCAGUAUGUUAAAGCUAUGAACUUUCUUUGGCUCGUAAUCUAGUGAGUACUGCAGGCAGUUGCUCCAUUAUUGCUAUGUAGUAUGUACACUUGUAUUUCUGUUUCAGUUGAAGCAUUAAUCUGUUUGGGUAACCUUUGUGAUUUCUAUUUGUAUUUCUAUUUCUGUUUCUG